GGAUAUGGAGUCUGAGGACCAGACCCAUCUCCAGUGGCUGGUGUCACCAAAUAACACGAUUUUUUCUUUUCCUUUUCCGGAUCGAUGACGUGUACGGACCAGAUUCAAACUCCUCCGUGUACUAGAUUCGCAUCCAUAUCGCCUAACUUAUACAUAUAUAUAUAUAUCUCAGAGAAACAGGGAAAACUCCUCGGAUCUCGGAGCAAUUUGAAGUCUGAUCUGAAUAGCUCUUAUGCGGAUCUGAGAUUCGAAAUUUCGAACAUGAUGAUUUGUUCAAAUUGUUAUAAUUUAUCGGGUUUAUUAAUAUCAGAUCUUAGAGAAAAAGAAGGGAAAGAAAAAACCCUAAUUUAAUCUGGUCAAUUGGGUUUUUUUUUUGUUAAAUUCAUUUCUAAUUUACUGAGGAUUUUUGGAAGUAGAUUUAUCUCCAAAUUUUUUUUUGGAGGUGUUGACGAAGGUGGAUCUAAUUUGUUUGAGAGAAGGAAUAAUAACGUUAAAGAAGAAACCCCGGACACGAUGGGUAAAGAUGAUGAGAAUUUGAAGGCGGAGGAUGUGGAGGAGGGAGAAAUUUCCUAUACGGCGUCAGUGGAAGAGAUCAGUGAGGAAGAUUUUAAUAAGCAGGAGGUUAAGGUUGUAAAAGAAUCGAAACCUAUAGAUGGUAGGUUUUGGACGAUGAGAGAUCUGUACAAGUAUCAUCAGAUGGGAGGAAGAUACGUCUCCGGCUUGUAUAAUCUUGCUUGGGCACAGGCAGUACAGAAUAAGCCUCUAAAUGAGCUAUUUGUUGAGGUUGAACCCGAUGAGAAUUCCAAGCGAUCGUCGCCGUCGUCUUCUGUGGCGUCUGUUAAUUGCAAUAGUAACAGCAGCAAAGAAGACGAGAGGAAGAAAGUUGAUAAAGUUGUGAUUGAUGAUAGCAGCGAUGAGAUGGAUAAUAAUAUUGUGGAUGUUGACAAGGAGGAAGGUGAAUUGGAGGAGGGUGAGAUUGAUUUGGAUUUUGACCCAGGUGAGAAAGCUGCUGGGGAGGGUAAAGAAGGGCUGUCCAAUAGUGAUGAAAUGAAUGUUGAUGGCUUACAGAUUGAGUCCAAGGAGAAGAAUUUGGAGAAGGAAAUCAACUCCAUUCGUGAGGCUCUGGAGAGUGUAACAGUGAUUGAAGCACACAAAUCAUUUAAGGCAACUUGCUCAAAACUGCGCAACACAUUGGAGAGCUUGCGGGAUGUGGUUCCCGAAUUUAAUAUUCCCACAAAAGAUGAUCUUAUGCAAUUGUCAUUCACUGCUGUUCGAACUGUUAAUUCGGUUUUUUGCUCCAUGAACCAUAAAUUAAGGGAACAAAAUGAGGAUAACUUUUCGAGGUGUCUGUCCCUUGUAAAUAGCUAUGUCCCUCCUCUUUUCUCCCCUGAGCAGGUCAAAGAGAUUGAGGUCUUGGUUUGCUCUCUAGAUACUCCUGGUGUUUUGUUGAGUUCAAUAUCUGGUGAAAAGGAGAAAGAGACACUGAUCUCUAGUGAGGUGAAUAAGAAGGAUGAUGAUGUCUCAGCUAAAAGUUCAGUUCAUAAUUUGAUUACUACAAAUAAGUUUCCUUCAUCUGCGGACUCUUUUGUUAAUAAUAAGCCAAACAUAUCAUUAGAAGCUCCAAAAACAGGAAUUUCUACUUUUAAGAGUAGAACAGUUUUGCUCCCAUUGUUAGACCUCCACAAGGAUCAUGAUGCAGGCAGCCUUCCAUCACCUACACGGGAAGCGGCACCAUCAUUACCUGUACAAAGAGCAUCAACACCUAAGGUGGUGCUUGACAUUGAAGAUUCUAGAAUGCGUCCAUAUGAAACUGAUGCACUGAAAGCUGUUUCUAGCUACCAGCAAAAAUUUAGCCAUAGUUCAUUUGCAGUGAACGAUAGGCUUCCAAGCCCAACUCCUUCAGAGGAAUCUGGUGAUGGGGAUAGUGAUAUAGGUGGAGAAGUUUCUAGUUCAUCGGCUGUUGGUCACUUUAGACCUGUGAAUCCACUUAUUUUAGGGCAUACAAUUGCUUCUGCUGAUCCUCCUUGCACUGAGAGUUCUAGUAUGCAGGGAGUUAUCCCUGCUAAAAGUGCUGCAUCAGUGAGUUCUGGCCCUGCUUUAACUGUGAAAGCCUCUGCAAAGAGCAGGGACCCUAGGCUUCGAUUUGUUAAUUCUAAUGCCAAUGUUUUGGACCAAAACCACUGUGUUGUGCCAAUGGUGAAUAAUGCACUUAAAGUGGAACCUUUUGGAGGAACUAGGAAUUUAAAAAGGCAGAAGUCUGAUGAUGAUGCUAUUCCAGAUGUUCCUUCUUUAAAAAGGCAAAGGAAUGCAUUGGAAAAUCCUGGAGUUGUUAGGGAUGUGAAAACCAUGAUUGGAAGUGGUGGUUGGUUGGAGGAAACUGAUAUGGUUAGACCUCAAACUAUGAAUAGCAACCAGUUGGCAGAGAAUGUGGAAUCUGAUUCCAGGAGAAUAGAUAAUGGAGUAACUUGUCCUACUACUGUUAGUGGAAUAUCUAGUGUGAAUGUUAGUGGAAAUGAGCGGUUACAAGUUACAGGAACUGGUGUUGUUGCUGGGGCUGAAAAGGUAGCUGUGGUGGGUACUAGUGCAACAUCUCUGCCUGACUUACUGAAAAAUAUUGCAGUGAAUCCAACAAUGUUGAUCAAUAUACUCAAAAUGGGACAACGACAGAGACUAGCAAUAGAGGGACAGCAGAAGCCUGUUGAUCCUACUAAAACAACAACACAUCCACCGAACACAAAUUCAAUACUGGGAGCUCUUCCUAUGGUGAAUAUUGAUCCCCCACAAUCCACAGAAAUUUUGCCAAGACCAGCAGGAACAAUUCAGAUAUCUCAAUUGGCUGCUGUGGAUGAAAUGGGAAAAAUUCGAAUGAAACCACGGGAUCCUCGUCGUGUUCUUCAUAAUAAUACACUCCAAAGGAAUGGGAGCAUGGGGUCUGAACAGUGUAAAACAAAUGCAACCUCUACAUCAACUAACCAGAGUACCAAGGACAAUCAAAAAGUGCAACAGCAAGAGGUUCAAGUGGAAAUGAAGCCAGUGCCUAUCCAAUCUCAUGUGCCACCAGAUAUUUCCUUGCCAUUUACGAAGAGUUUGAAAAAUAUUGCUGAUAUUGUGUCUGUUUCCAAUGCAUCAACAACUCCACCUCCUGUUUCUCAGACUAUUGUAUCUCAACCUGUGCAAUCAAUAAUGCUAAAUUCUGACAAGCCGACUGGAAUUGGUUCAGCACCUGGUGUAGCAUCAGUUGGUCCUCAUUCACAGAACACAUGGGGAGAUGUUGAGCAUCUAUUUGAAGGAUAUAAUGACCAGCAAAAAGCUGCUAUACAGAGAGAGAGGGCAAGAAGGAUAGACGAACAAAAGAAAAUGUUUGCUGCAAACAAGCUCUGCCUUGUGUUGGAUCUUGAUCAUACACUUCUUAAUUCUGCCAAGUUUGUUGAAGUUGACCCUGUGCAUGAUGAGAUCUUGCGAAAGAAGGAAGAGCAAGAUCGUGAAAAACCACAAAGACAUCUAUUCCGCUUUCCUCAUAUGGCAAUGUGGACAAAACUGCGCCCUGGGAUAUGGAAUUUCUUGGAAAAGGCUAGUAAACUGUUUGAGCUGCAUCUUUACACAAUGGGGAACAAGUUGUAUGCCACGGAAAUGGCAAAAGUUCUGGAUCCAACGGGGGUUUUGUUUAACGGACGAGUUAUUUCCAAGGGUGAUGAUGGGGAUCCUUUUGAUGGUGAUGAGAGGGUUCCCAAGAGUAAGGAUCUUGAGGGGGUCUUGGGUAUGGAAUCAGCUGUUGUCAUUAUAGAUGAUUCUGUGAGAGUCUGGCCACAUAACAAGUUAAACUUGAUUGUUGUGGAAAGGUAUAUUUAUUUUCCUUGUAGUAGACGCCAAUUUGGGCUUCCAGGUCCUUCUCUUCUUGAGAUUGACCAUGACGAGAGACCAGAAGAUGGGACUUUAGCAUGCUCGUUGGCGGUUAUCGACAGAAUACAUCAAAACUUUUUUACUCACCCCUCCUUAGAUGAAGCAGAUGUUAGAAAUAUCCUUGCAUCAGAGCAGAGGAAGAUUUUGGCUGGCUGCCGAGUAGUAUUUAGCAGGGUGUUUCCCGUUGGUGAAGCCAACCCCUACCUACAUCCGCUGUGGCAGACAGCUGAACAGUUUGGUGCUGCCUGCACAAACCAGAUAGACGAACAGGUUACUCAUGUAGUUGCCAAUUCGCUUGGAACAGAUAAGGUGAAUUGGGCUUUAUCUACUGGACGAUUUGUUGUCUAUCCUGGGUGGGUGGAAGCUUCAGCUUUGCUAUAUCGGAGAGCAAAUGAGCAAGAUUUUGCCAUUAAAUCAUAACAAUCCCCUAACCCUUCUGGUAAGAUUAAGAACCGAUAAUUAUAACAUCAAAGCUCUAGCUAAAGUUGGAGAUGAGUCUGGUUGUGAUGGGUGAUUGGGGGCAGAGCAGAGAUUGCUUGGGUAAUUUGGACUAUUUUAGUCUUUAUAACCUCCCAUUACAACUGAUGGGUUUGCCUUCCAUUUGAUUUUGAUCUACCAAUGUGCUGAAGAAUUGGAAAGAGGGUGUUUUUGGGUCAAGGACUCGAGGCAUGUGGAUUGCAGGAGCCCCAAAAGUAUCCAAAAUUGGAUACUGGGUAGGUCGUGGGGGCGAAAAAAGAAUCAAUCGACUAUGGUUGACCUUGGUGAACUGUUGUGGCAGGGCCAGCAUAAACGGUAGUUUACUCAAGUUGUGUACUAAUCGGAAGUGUUGUGGCUAACAUGGAUUAUCAUCAAAUGCGAGUUUGGGAGAUCCGAAAGUGAAAUAAACAGUGAAAAACAGUAAAUAUUGUGAGAAAACGUGGAGGCAGAUACGUACAGUUGUAGAAGUGGGAUGUGGAUAAUGAAAGCACAAGAAAAGGGUGUGAGUGAUAACUUUGGUGGUAAAACAAAUGCCUGAUUGAGGAAUGGAGAUUGGAGAUCUUUUUCCUAAGAUAAAAAAGCAUUAAAGUCAAGUUAAACGUGCCUAGUGAGGAGCAAUUGUCAAUGAGGUGAUAGGGUGCUCGAAUUUUUUCCCUAUUUGGAUUGAUUCCGCUUAACGUCGGUGCCAUGGCCAUUCUGUUGGAAGUACCCUUUCGACCAUUUUAUUUUUGUUUCUCUUUUAUCCUUCAAAAUGCAAUUGGAUUAAAAGAAAAUUAAAAGAGAGAAAAGUAUGUGCUCAAUCUUAAUGUAUUGAAA